AUGUUCUCCACAUAUAACGAGCCUAUUCAAUGCGACGGCCUUAGCGACUACAUGGAAGCUUCAGCCGGGCUGCAGCGUCGCUUCACAUUGGACCCAACUCUUCGCUCCGCCGCAUCGUUCAUGGAGGCACUGGAGGGACAACCGCGAGUUAAACCUUACUUCAACGUUCCCUGCGACCCGGGGUGUCCAUGCGGACGCCCACACAGGAUCACGAAGUCUCUCAUGGUUUCAGCGGAUGGAGCGUGCCGUGGCAAUGGGAUGGCAGGUGCCCGAGCUUCCAUCGGUGUCUUCUUCAGACACGGCUCGCCUUACAAUGAAGCCCAAGUGUUGUCCGGAGUCAAUCCUACCAACCAGCGCGCUGAGCUUUUCGCUGGCAUCAUGGCUCUGCAGGCGGUUGGGAAUCUUCUCUGCGGACCCUUACCGGAGGAACUGGAGCUGCUGGUACUCAAGACUGAUUCCGAAUACCUGGUGAAAGGCAUCACCGAGUGGAUCUACACUUGGAGAGAGAAUGGCUGGACCGCUGCGAACGGACUGUCCGUUGCCAAUGCUGAUCUGUUCAAGCGCCUGGAUGUCAUCGUCGUAGGUUACAAAAACCAGCACGGCAUCACUGUCAAGUUCCUCCACGUUCCUCGAGAGCUGAAUGCUGGGGCUGACGGACUCGCCAACCGCAUUCUGGAUGACUGA